UAUAAUUUUCCUACAAAACAAUGAAAACCCAUAUAUUUUCUUUAGUUUUCCUCUUCUUUUCCCUAGCCCAAGGUCUGAACCCCAAGUGUGACAUCCAAGACCAUGGCUCAAACCUCCGAGUGUUCCACAUUUACGGUCCAUGCUCACCCUUCAAACCCUCAAAGCCACUUUCAUGGGAAGAGGAUGUACUACAAAUGCAAGCCAAGGACCAGGCCAGGCUGCAAUACUUGUCGAGUCUGGUGGCUAAGAAAUCUGUGGUGCCAAUAGCUUCGGGCAGGCAGAUUAUACAAAGUCCAACUUACAUUGUCAGGGCCAAAAUUGGAACUCCACCUCAGACUAUGCUUAUGGCCAUGGAUAAUAGCAAUGAUGCUGCUUGGAUACCUUGCUCAGGCUGCCUCGGCUGCUCUUCUACUGUUUUUGACAACGCUAAAUCCACCACAUUCAAGACCCUUGACUGCCAAGCAGCUCAGUGCCAGCAGGUACCAAACCCCACCUGCGAUGGCAGCGCGUGUAUUUUCAACAUGACCUACGGCGGUUCAACCAUAGCAGCAAACCUUUCACAAGAUACACUCACCUUAGCCAUUGACCUUGUACCAAGCUACACUUUUGGUUGUCUCCAAAAGACAACAGGCAACUCAGUUCCACCACAGGGCUUGUUGGGCUUAGGCCGAGGCCCAUUAUCAUUCCUCUCACAAACCCAAGAUUUGUACCAAUCAACAUUUUCAUACUGCUUGCCUAGCUUUAAGUCACUUAAUUUUUCUGGGUCUUUGAGACUUGGGCCAGUUGGGCAGCCAUUGAGGAUCAAGUUCACCCCAUUGCUUAGAAAUCCUAGAAGACCAUCACUUUACUUUGUGAAUCUGAUUGGGAUUAGAGUUGGAAGGAAAAUUGUUGAUCUCCCACCAAGUGCAAUUGCUUUCGAUCCUACCACUGGUGCUGGUACCAUUAUUGAUUCUGGAACGGUCUUCACGCGACUAGUAGCACCAGUAUACGUAGCCAUCCGAGACGAGUUCCGGAGACGAGUUAAUGUAGCCAACGUGACAUCUCUUGGCGGUUUCGAUACAUGCUAUACGGUCCCGAUCGUGGCGCCGACAAUGACGUUCAUGUUCGCUGGAAUGAACGUGACACUGCCAGAAGAAAACCUACUAAUCCACAGCACAGCAGGCAGCAUCACAUGUUUAGCAAUGGCAUCAGCACCAGACAAUGUCAACUCAGUGCUGAAUGUGAUAGCCAAUAUGCAGCAACAGAACCAUAGGGUACUUUUCGAUGUGCCCAAUUCGAGGUUGGGCGUGGCACGUGAGCUCUGUACCUAAACUCUUGGGAAAAGAAUAUAUGAGACCAAAAAAUAUUCUAAAGUAAAAUUUUUUGUAGCUUUUGAAUUUGUAAGUCUUAGUCACGGGCUUUCUUCUGUUAUCUCAUUUUAUUUUGUCUUUUAUCAUAUUGGGUUGAUGACAGUUUAACAGCUAGGCCGUACCAUGUCACGGGUCAGUCGGCAACAAAACUAAGACCAUUUCACGCUGAGUUGUCAAGAAAUUUCAGUUUAAUAAAGUAGUAAUUUUUAUGUACCUUUUCCUUGGCUUAUGUUGAACCUUGAUUUUGUCUAG